UCCUGCCUGUUUGUUUGCAGGAAGCUCUUCGUGGGCGGUCUGGAUUGGAGCACCACCCAAGAGACGCUGCGCAGCUACUUUUCCCAGUAUGGAGAGGUGGUCGACUGUGUCAUCAUGAAAGACAAAACCACCAACCAGUCGCGAGGAUUUGGCUUUGUCAAGUUUAAAGACCCAAACUGUGUGGGGACAGUGCUGGCUAGCAGGCCACACACUCUGGAUGGCCGCAAUAUCGACCCCAAGCCAUGCACACCCCGGGGGAUGCAGCCAGAAAGGACGAGGCCCAAGGAAGGCUGGAAAGGACCCAGGAGCGAUAACAGCAAAUCCAAUAAGAUAUUUGUCGGGGGGAUUCCUCACAACUGUGGCGAGACAGAGCUCAGGGAGUACUUCAAGAAAUUCGGAGUGGUCACUGAGGUGGUGAUGAUUUACGACGCUGAGAAGCAGAGGCCCCGAGGUUUUGGAUUUAUUACUUUCGAGGACGAACAAUCAGUGGACCAGGCUGUCAACAUGCAUUUUCACGACAUCAUGGGCAAAAAAGUGGAGGUGAAGCGGGCAGAGCCGAGGGACAGCAAGAGCCAGGCGCAGGGCCCGCCGGGGGCCAGCCAGUGGGGCAGCAGGGUUGUGCCCAGCGCUGCCAAUGGCUGGGCUGGCCAGCCGCCGCCCACAUGGCAACAAGGAUACGGCCCGCAAGGAAUGUGGGUGCCGGCAGGACAGGCGAUCGGUGGCUAUGGACCGCCCCCUGCGGGCAGAGGAGCCCCCCCGCCGCCACCACCAUUCACCUCCUACAUUGUGUCUACACCGCCUGGGGGCUUCCCUCCCCCCCAGGGCUUCCCCCAGGGCUACGGGGCUCCUCCACAGUUCAGCUUUGGCUACGGGCCUCCGCCUCCGCCGCCUGACCAGUUUGCUCCCCCGGGCGUCCCUCCACCACCAGCCACCCCAGGGGCCGCGCCAUUGGCCUUCCCCCCGCCGCCCUCACAGGCCGCCCCUGACAUGAGCAAGCCCCCCACGGCCCAGCCUGACUUCCCCUACAGCCAGUACGCAGGUUACGGACAGGACUUGAGUGGCUUCGGACAGGGUUUCUCAGACCCUAGCCAGCAGCCCCCCUCCUAUGGAGGACCCUCAGUGCCGGGGUCUGGGGGCCCCCCUGCCGGCGGAAGCGGCUUUGGCCGAGGCCAGAACCACAAUGUGCAAGGGUUCCACCCGUACCGACGCUAGCCGGCCCGUGGGCGGGCCCAGCCGAGACCGAGGACUCCGACCUGUGAGCUGGCGACAAUCACACUACCUGACGGUG